CCGCCCGGCCGCGGGCAGCGGGGAGCGGCGGCCCGGGGCGCCAUGAAGGCGUGCGAGUACCGGCAGAUCCCCCCGGGCGCCGCCGCCCCGGCCCCGACCACGACCACCACCCCGGCCCCGCCGGCCCCCGGUCCCGCCGCCGCCGCCGGCCCCCGGCCCCGCCGCAAGUGGGAGUCGUUCCCGGGCCGCAACCGCUUCUUCUGCGGCGGCCGCCUGAUGCUGGCGCGGCACGGCGGCGUCUUCGCGCUCACGCUCGGCCUCGUCCUGGCCACCAGCGCCCUCUUCUUCGCCUUCGACUGCCCCUUCCUCGCCCGCCACCUCACCCCGGCCAUCCCCGCCAUCGCGGCCCUGCUGCUGCUCUUCGUCCUCAGCUGCCUGCUGCAGACCAGCUUCAGGGACCCGGGCAUCCUGCCGCGAGCCACCGCCGCCGAGGCCGCCGACCUGGAGAAGCGCAUCGAUAGCAUGGGCACCUCCACCUACCGCCCGCCCGCCCGCACGAUGGAAGUGGUCAUAAACAAGUACGUGGUGAAACUGAAGUACUGCUACACCUGCAAAAUGUUCCGGCCCCCCAGGACCUCCCACUGCAGCGUCUGCGAUAACUGCGUAGAGCGGUUUGAUCACCACUGCCCCUGGGUGGGCAACUGCGUGGGGAAGCGCAACUACCGCUACUUCUACGCCUUCAUCCUCUCCCUCUCCUUCCUGACGGCCUUCAUCUUUGCUUGUGUCAUCACCCACAUCACUCUGCGCUCUCAGAGACAAGGAUUCCUCGACACUCUGAAGGCAACGCCAGCCAGCGUGCUGGAGCUGGUGAUCUGUUUUUUCUCAGUCUGGUCUAUUUUGGGCCUCUCAGGUUUUCACACUUACCUAGUCGCCUCCAACCUGACGACGAACGAAGACAUCAAAGGCUCGUGGUCAAAUAAGAGGGGCUCGGAGUUUGCCAAUCCCUACAGCCAUAAAAGCAUCCUCACAAACUGCUGCGCGGUGCUGUGUGGACCCUUCCACCCCAGUUUAAUAGACAGAAGAGGAUUUAUCCAGCCGGACGUCGGGACCCCAUCCAGUCCCAAGAGCGAGGUCCCCUCCUUUGGAGCCAAAAGUGACACCAGCAUGGUAGGAGGCAUUCCCUAGCGGUGCUGUGCUCUAGCCUGUGCCUGUCAUGCCUGUGCCUAGCUCCAGCCAGUACCUUCCCUGUUACUGCCUCCCUGGCCUCAGGCGGCACAGCCCUGUGAUGCAGAGCUGCCAAAGACUCAGUCGAGCCAUACGUUGCCUUCUUUUUUUUAAAUUUAUUUAUUGUUUUGUUUCACUGUGAUAACGGGCCCCCCACGGACUCCGCUGUAUCGGCAUUGGCGAGCAAACCCCUGUCCUCCGAGGAUGGAGGAGGUCUUGGGAAGACCCAGGCUCGGGGUGGUUGCGCCAGAGAGCUGCCACCUCCCCCACCAGCACUGCCAAGUGGGCAGCAGUGUCUCGUGCGUGGGCUGGGGGUGAAACGAGCUCAGCCAGCAGGCCAGCUCCUCGGGUGUCUGCUGUAGCUGGGGGUUUGCUUCCUGGGCUGGUGAAAGUUGGAAGUGGCAGGAUUGCCCGUUCUCUCUGCCAGUGCCCCAGUGUUGCCAAAGGCAGCUCUGUGCGUCGUAAGCUGCGGUGCCAUCAGGGCCUGGCUUUUCCUCGUCAGCAACCGGAUGGCAGACGGGGGAGCCCUCACCAGCUCUCAAGACAGGCUGGCCCACUCUUUGCCUCCAGGGCUCUGUUAGCCAAUGACGGGGACAUGCAAGGACAGGGGCAGCCCCAGGGGUGCCCCUGAGCUUGGCGAUGACUAGAACAAAGUGCAGCACUUGGUGCUUCCCAGGGCGUUGCCCUUCUGUGGUCACCGCUGGAUGUCUGGGCAGCACCACGUGGCCAGGAGAGCCUAACCGGUUCCACGGCAGCAUCAGGGAGCAGACUUCUGAGAGACGUGGCCGUCCUGAGCAGGGCUAUGUUGCGGGACCAGCAAAUGCUGGAGUCCGUCAGCAUCAGGCCACGCUCUGGCUGCGGGUUGCCAGCCCCGGGAUGGCCCCUUCAGAGCAGGGCUGGACGCUGAGCUCCUCUGCCCUCCUGCCGACGGUAGAAGCCAUGCUCUGUGCCUCCUGGGCUCCUUGGUGCCAGUGUGUCCAUGGGUUAGCCAUGCUGGGGCGUGAGUCUCAGACUUGUUAGCAAUAUGCAUCAUUAAAAGUUGCUGGGUAUUUUUGCACAAUUCAUAGAGUUUUUUACCAGUGUGUUUUGUAUCUGGGUACAGGCGGUGGUAGGGAGCCCUAGCACCAGGCAGGGUUGGUGUUAGCUGGUCUGGACCCUGACCUUCUUCUUCCUCCCCUGCCGACAUAAGCAAAGCUGGCUUGUGUGGAAGGGGCUGUGCUGCUGCUGGGAUGCUCCGGCCCUGAGGGUCUGAGCAGGUCUCUGGGCUACCGAAUUGCUUGAGGCAGGCCAGACGCAUGCCCCCACCACGGGCUUCUCAGAGGUCAGCCAUCCCCUUCUCCCCUCUGGGUGCCAGCACUGAUCGCAGUCCUGUUGUGUUGCUGGCCAUGAGAUGUUGGCAUUUGGGACAUGCCCCGCGGUGCCAGGGAAGAGCAUGCAGCGUGUCCUGGGCUUCAGGCAGGGCUGCGAGGGAAGCGCUGGCUGAGAAGGUUGCUCCUCCACGGAUGGAUGGCUGACGGAGAACGUGCCCCUGCCAUCUCCGAGAUGUUUGUCAUCUCCCGAGUUUCUGGCUUCUUGCAGAGAUCUCGGUAUUGAAGCGAGCCCUGCGUGCUCUUGCCACUAAGAAUUCCCAUUCGUACUGGGGGAGAGCGGAGGCGCCCUGCCUCGCUUCCCUCUGCUGAUGGCAGGGACUGCGUGGCCAGCAUAUCGAGGCCUGUGAGCUGACCGGUCCUGCGCCCAUCGCGGGCCCGGUGCACAAGAGAAGCGUCCCCCACCCCAUGCGGUGUCCGGAGGCUGAACUUCUGCCAGAGCCCGGCAGGUGGCCCCCGCAGCCCAGGCACGCAGCAGGCUGGCACGUCUCCGGAGUUGAUCUUAGCCUCAUUCGCUGCCUCGGGAGAGCAGAGCUGCCUGCCCAGCACCUGUUUCUAACUCGCCUCGUGUUGCCCCUAACGCAUCAGCACGGACUCUCCUGUGUUUCAAGGAGACCAUUAACAUUGCAGGUGUGAGGGCAGGACAGGGCUGCAGCCUUAAGUGCUGGGCUAGGACCGCUGGCCAGUGUGGGGGGCCGAGGGUUGCUGGAGCACUCCAGGGCAGUGGGGAGGGGUCCAGCCCAGCUCUCACAUUUUUAUUUAACCCCAUUCCCUUGUUACUUGCUGUAAUAAAUUCUAUUUUUAAAGA